AUGCUCGCGAGAAGCAUAUUUAACGUGGCAGCCGUUGCUGCGCUCGCGGUGGGACAGGUGGCAGCGGAAAUAAUAUACGCGGGUGUUAACUCAGCGGGUGGCGAGUUUGCGCAGUCAAACUUACCGGGUACAUUCGGCACUGAUUAUCAGUUCAUCGAGGAGACGGCCAUUGACUUCUUCCUUGAUGCUGGUAUAAACACGAUUCGCCUUCCUUUCCUUCUGGAAAGACCUUCAACGAGACCUACUUCGAAGAGCUCACAGCAGCUGUUGAUCACAUUACCCUCACAAGGUGGCUAUGUCAUCCUCGAUGCGCACAACUACAUGCGCUACAACAAUCCCGCCAUGCAGCCAUUCUCGGGCAGUGUCAUAGGGCAACGCAUCUGA